UACAUCAUUGUGUCAGCAGACACGCCCAUUACUUCCAUCUUAGCCAUGUGGAAAUGACCACAAACGACUGCACGACCGCUCCGUUUGUUUUUUCAUUGUGAAUAUAACUGUGCAUGUUCAAAACACGAGCACAAUGUCCGAGUCCGUGUGCAGGUUUCAGGCCGAGGUGGCAGCCGUUAUGGAGGUAUUACUGAAGGUGGCCGUCGUGGAGAUAACGAAAGUUUUCGAAGGACGCGCAUUGGAUUGCCAUGGCUGCAGGGUCGAUAGAGAAGCUCAGGUCAAAGAAAACCUGGUGUGUGUCCCUGACAUCAGGGCUCAUAUGAAAAGUGCAUUGACUGAUCUCUCUGAAAAGAUGGUUUGUAGCGUCGGCGUGCAAGUAGGAGAGACACUGCUGUCCCACCAUCAGGAUCCGUACAUGCCCACUGAGAGAGACGAGAUUUGUCUGCUGGAAUCCAGAGGAGAGGAGGGGCUUUCUCCCUCUGAAAAACUCUGUGAGGAGUCUCCAGAAGCUGUGGAUUUGCAAUGCAUGGUUGACCUUCCAUGCACUAUCUUCAAAGAAACUGGGAUUGGCAGAGAAGACGGCUUAAUUCAUGAAGCCCAAUGGCCAGAUGACUUAAAGAAAACCGAGAUAAUUCAGGAAAAUGGUCUUCAGGAAUCCUUUUCAGACUCUAUAGUAGAUCCAGAGUCUCAUCUGUUCAGCUCUGUUUUAGGUAGCAUUCCCAGUGCAGACCUGUCCACUGACACUAUGUGGGACCUUAGCCUUAUGGAAGUCAGUUCUUUGGCGUCUGUUGAAAAGUCGCCUCUCAUAGAACCUCCUCAAUCCAGCAGAACCCCAGCGGAGGCCACUGAACUCAGCCAGGCAUCAGGUGAUAGUACUGCCAGUGCGAAGAAGGUGCGCUUCCAGCUGAGCCAAACACCGUUCGACUGCAAACUGUUACGGCCUUGCUCUGUGCAACUUGUCAACCUCUUGAAGCCAUCCAGUGAACAAAGGCUAAACGGUUCAAACAGAAAAUGCUUUUCUACACCCAAAGACCUGCGAAUCCAUCAGCGUGUCCAUACGGGACGUCGGCUGUGCUGCUUUAAAGAGUGUGGGAACGGCAUUUGGCGUCUGCAGGGUGUCUUCGUACAUGGAAAUGCUUAUGUCUGCAAGAUCUGUGGCAAGAAGUUCAAACGCAAGAAGAUCCUGAAGCGUCAUGAGCGAUUUCAUACAGGUGAAAAACCAUAUUCAUGCAGGGGGUGUAAAAAGACAUUCGCUCUGCGGAAAAGCCUGCGAAGACACGAACGCUUCCACACUGGAGAGAGACCACACGUCUGCCCGCACUGCAGGAAAGGCUUCCGUCUCAAAAACAAUCUGAAGGCUCAUCUGCGCUUUCACACAGGGGAAAAGCCUUUCGUUUGCAACCUGUGCUCAAAGGGUUUUAGGAUCCACAAGAACCUUGAGAAACACAGGCUCGCUCACGCGGCGCCAGUUAGCUUUCGAACUCUUCAAUAACUGACAAACGUUGUGUGUGACCUAAACCAAACGCCAUAUUUCUACCUCACAUCAGAACCACUGUAUCCAACCGUAAAUCUAGCACACAAUGGCAGGAAGAACGUCAGGGUGACUCAUUUUGUGGUCACAUUUUCUCUGUGAUAUCAUGUUGUAAAAGUUUUUUUUAAAAGUGUUUCUGGACCGUUUUCUUCUAUUGUAAUCUUUGCCCCCAGCUGCAUCUGUACUAAUACUAUACAAACGUUUUAUUCUUCAUGAGGUUCUUGCCUGUAAGAGUAACACACCCAGGGCAUUACAGGGUGCAGUCAUACAGUCCAACACUAGUAGGCUUGACUGAUUCUCGAUUGAUGUAAAUACUAAAAUCAUAGUUCUAGGUCGCUUUUAAACUUUUAGUUUUUUUAAAGAAUGUUUUUAUCUUGUGUCAUAACUGUUUUAAUGCCCUAAAUCUUGUCUGGACCUGUUCAAGUGUAGUUGAACACUGGAGAUGAUUGGAUGCUGCCGGAUUCACAGCCUUGUAAUCAUUUUUUAAGCAAUUUGUACUUUAUAUGUUUUUUUAAAACGUUACUAUUUCUUAGCAGCUUUGUUCACUUUAAGCUUAUUUUUAAAAAAGCUAAAAAAAAAAAACUUUAACUUUGUUAGAGACACUACUGCUCACAUUUUCCCAUUAUUAUGUUUUACAUUCUUUCUUGCAUUUAAUGUGAGAUCAUUAUUUGGAGAAAUCAAACAUUUCACUUGAAAUCUUAAAUUGCCAGAGAGAUUUUUUUUUUUUUAAUAAAUGUGAAUCUUUGUCUUAUUCUUUGUUUUUAACCAGCUAUGCUUCAUCAAUCGUAUGGUUUUAGUUUGAUAUAAAAAAAAACCCAUGUAGUAACUUAGAUUUGUGAGUUUAUAACCAACAAAAGAAAUUGUUCCACUAUAUUUCCUGUUUUUCCAUUCCUCAUGGCCACUGAUAAACAUUUCAGUUUUCUUUUUGAAUAAACAAUAACCUUA